AUGGCUCGUGCCCCCGAUGUGAACCAUUUGCACAGUGUCAAAAUAGACAACAUCACGUGCACCUCAGAAAACUUUAUCAGGGCCAAGGAAGAGCUUCGAGAGAAGUUCGAGAAGUUUGGUGAGAUUGGUGAUGUGUACAUACCAAGAGAUAGGAACUUCGCCUUUGUGCGGUUUCGGGAAAAGCGUGAUGCGGAAGAUGCAGCCGAUGCAAUGGAUGGGAAAGAUAUCCUAGGGCAAGAAGUCAGAGUGUCAUUGUCUAUGCAGGCGAAGAAAGCCGCCGAGGAAUAUGCUGCGCAGGGAAGAAGGCGGCGAUCACGCUCUCGGCGCCGCAGGAGUGACUCGAGAUCUGAGCAAGCAGCUCAGACUUUUUGGGUUGCUACUGCAUGGUUCUUCUGUACCUGCCCAGGUCCUACUCAGAGUCUUCAUCACGCUCAAGGGAUCGUCGGCGCAGAAGGCGGCGAGAUUCUGGGAGCCGAACACGUCGCCGCCGAUAGGUCCAGGUGUGCCGCGGCUGAUAAAUGGGCAGGAGACAGGGGACAUGUGAGGACUUCAGCGAGAAAGCAGCGCAUUCUUUUCAUUCUUGGGUGCUUUUUCGGUGGAAGCAGUUCACAGUCGAGCCUUCUUCAGUCAUCAUGCUUGCUACCAGGCUGA